AUGGGCUUCGGUCAUAAAAUUUUCCCGGACCCCUCGGGUGUUGCUGUUGAUGAAAAGAAAUGUCGAGGCAUGAUUGGAUCCUUACUCUAUAUUACAACAAGUCAUCCAGACAUCAUGUUUGCAACAUGUCUUUGUGCCAGAUUUCAAGUCAAUCCCAAAAUAUAUCAUCUAUUGGCUGUUAAACAAAUCUUCCCAUACCUAAAAGGUACAAAGAGUCUCGGAAUCUGGUACCCUGCAAAUGAGAGUUUUCUACUUCAAGCUUACUCAGAUUCAAAAUAUGGAGGUCUUCAAUUGGAUCGAAAAAGCACAUCUGUUGUCUGUCAGUUUCUAGGAGGUCGGUUGGUUAGUUGGUCAUCCAAGAAGCAAAACUGCAUCGCUCUAUCAAUAGCUGAAGCGGAAUACAUUGCUGUUUCCAGUUGUACUUCUCAAGUUCUUUGGAUGAAAUCUCAACUUUAG